CAACCCAACCCCAAGAAAACAAGUAAAAAAGACACCAGAGCAAAAAGAAAAAUGCACACCUCCGGGCUAACAAACACACCCCUAACGAAAACCCUCCUAAUCUACACCCUCGCCUCCUCCAUCGCCCUCUCCAUCCUCGACAUCAAGCACCUGGCCCCGAUCCACGUCUCCCCGCAUUUCUGGCCCUACGGCCAAUUCUGGCGCGCCCUGCUAUGGCAAGUCGCGGGGUUCACCAAUUCCACGGAGGCGCUGUUCGCCGCCAUGCUGGUGUACCAGUUACGGGUGAUUGAGCGCGCGUGGGGAGCGAGGAAGGUGGCGACCUUCCUCUUAACAACCUUCCCCUACACAACCCUCCUCCCACCCCUCCUCCUGACGAUCCUCCUGCGUCCGCUCUCGCUCACAAAACUAAAUUACCUGCCCUCUGGACCAACGGCGACCAUCUUCGCCUUGCUGGCACAAUACCACCUCUCCAUCCCGCAUACGUUCCGCUACCGCAUCGCGACGUCGAGCUCCAAGCCCGCGGAUGACGACGCAACGGCGCAGUCGGCGGGGAAGUCCCUGACCUUGCUUUUCUCGGAUAAGUCGACGACGUAUCUGGUCGCGGCGCAGUUGGCGCUGUCGCAGUUUCCCGGGGCGCUGUUGCCGGCUGUUGUUGGGUGGUUUGUGGGGUUGGCGUGGCGCAUGGAGAUGUUGCCUGGUGUGGGUGCGCGGUGGAGGGUACCGGCUUGGGUUGUGGGUGAGAAGGAGAGGACGAGGAGGACGGUUGGGCCUCGGGUGGGGAGGAGAGGUAUGAAGAUUUGA